AUGUACGAUAUUAAUUUUUGGUCAGAACACUUUAGUAUUCAUGAACCGAUUGAUGUUCGCGUGCCACCUCAAGCAAUCGAUAGUUUCGCUGAUUUUUUGACAUUGGACAGUGCAAAAAUCGAAUAUGUCGUUCAUAUGGCUGAUAUUGGUGCAAUAAUUGAAAGACAAAGAGUUCUCCAUAAUUUACAUCGAUCAUUAUCGAAUACAAAUGAUUUUGCUUAUAAUAAGUAUCACACCAUUGAAGAAAUUCAUGCGUGGAUUGAUCAAAUGGUUGCAACCUAUCCAGAACUGGUAACACCAUUAACCAUCGGAAAAUCAUACGAAAAUAGAAAUAUCAAAGGCUUCAAAAUCUCAUCAAAGAAAAUGGCAACCAAGAUUGAUGGUACUAAAGCUACUACGAAAAAAGCAGUAUGGUGGGAUGGAGGAAUUCAUGCUCGAGAAUGGAUUAGUCCGGCAACAAUCAUUUAUAUUGGAUAUGCUCUUCUGUCAAAGUAUGGCCAGAAUCCUACCAUCACGCAUCUAGUGGACCAAUUUGAUUAUUAUAUUUUGCCUGUAUUUAAUGUUGAUGGGUAUGUAUAUACAUGGACAGAAGAUCGAUUAUGGCGCAAGACCCGUAGUAAAACAUCAGUUCCAUUCUGUUAUGGUGCUGAUCCGAACCGCAAUUGGGAUUACCAUUGGUGCGAAAGAGGUGCUUCAUCUGAUCCUUGUUCGGACCUUUUCUGUGGUGAAAAAGCAUUUUCAGAAAUCGAAAUAGCUCAAGUAGCAAAAUUCAUUGCUAGCCAACGGGAUACUAUUGUGAACUAUAUCAAUUUUCAUGCAUACUCACAAAUGUGGAUGUCACCAUGGGGUUAUACAACUAUGAGACCAGCACAAUUCAAACUACAAGAUGAUGGAUCUAUUCAAGCCAUUAACGCACUCACUGCUGUGCAUAGUACCAAGUAUUUACAUGGUACUAUUGCUCAAACUAUCUAUCUUUCAUCAGGCAGUACAGCCGAUUGGGCUUAUGGAAUAGCCAAUAUAACAUUUAGCUAUGGUGUCGAACUUCGUGAUACUGGUGAAUAUGGCUUUUUGCUUCCCGAAGACCAAAUCAUUCCAACUGGUGAAGAAACUUUUGCUGGCCUUCUAGCCUUACUUCAGUACAUUGAAAAAUAUGUAUAUGCUUGA